GAAGAAUGAAAUCUCUUCUUUUAAACCAGAGAUUAUCUAUAAACAAGUCAGAAAAGGUCUCGUACAUUUCUGAAUGAUAUGAAUGUGUUUAAUGCGCCUGUAGCUGACAGAUAUGUCAACAAAGAGACUGGCUCGAGAGCUCGGGCUGAUUAGACAACGCAGUCAGCCUUCAGGUGGGGAGAAGAAGCCUGGCUCAAAACAGUUGUUCUCCUACCUGAUCGUUAUCGACUUUGAAUCCACUUGUUGGAGAGAAAAGAACAACUAUGGUCAAGAAAUCAUCGAGUUUCCUGCUGUGUUGAUGAACACGACGAGUGGUGAGAUCGAGUCAGAGUUCCACUCCUACGUCCAACCACAGGAACAUCCAGUCCUCUCUGCCUUCUGCACGGAACUUACUGGAAUCACACAGACACAGGUUGAAGCAGGGGUUCCUCUUAGGAUCUGCUUGUCCAGAUUUGUCCGCUGGCUUCAUCAGCUGCAGCAUGAGAAGGGCAUGGUCUUUGUGACUGACAGCAAACACUCUGUCCCCUCAGCACACCUCUGUGCUUUUGUCACCUGGUCAGAUUGGGAUUUGGGAGUAUGUUUGCUGUAUGAAUGUAAGCGGAAGCAAAUCAAUAAACCUGGAGUUCUAAACAGCUGGAUCGACCUUAGAGCCACGUACAAGGGUUUUUACAGCCGUAAACCUAAAGGCCUCAACGGUGCCCUGCAAGACUUGGGCAUUGAGUUCUCUGGACGUGAACACUCUGGUUUGGAUGAUGCACGGAACACAGCCCGUCUGGCCUGGCGUAUGAUUAUGGAUUGUUGUGUGAUGAAGAUCACCAAGUCUCUGAGCAGGCCUCAGCUAAAGUCCAGUCCACUGUACGGAGAUGUGAAUGUCCAUAACGGAGCCAGCGAUAAGAGAGAGAAACAGCCAUUACCCUCAGCAAACCGGACCAGCAAUAGCUCAAGUUCAACCACACCUGUGACUGCAUGUCAAAGUUUAGUGUCUCCACGCACCAUGCUAACCUCCUUCACUAUGCCAGUGUGUGUGAACACACCCCAGCUGGGUCUGACCCUGCAUCACUCCACCUCCAACAUGUCCCCUGACCCUGAAACACCAGGCUGCAACUGGCCAGAAGGCUUCCUGUCGGCGGAGGUUGGGGAGUCAGGUUCCUAUGAUGAUGUGCUGUUGGAGGAUGAAGCAAAUGUUACAGGGGACCAAUCCCAUGCACGCAUCAUUUCCAGAGAUCCACUUCCUCUAAGCACAGAUAGGCCACACCCCUCCAGACCAGCCUCCACCUUUGCUCCUCCUCUUCCACUCCUUGAUCCAUACAAAUCACUAAUUUACCGAGGGCUCCCUACAACUACAUUUCCCAGAAUCCCUUUGGCCAUCUACAUGGACCGAUCAAAUCAGUCUUUUGAGAGGUCCAGGGCAUCAGUGAGAGGAUUGUUCCAUGUUCCUUCCUCUCUUCUUUCAUCUACUGUCAACAAGUCAACCAACAUAUCCUGUUCUGUGAACCAAUCAUCACAUUAUGUCUGUUCUCAUAUGCAGUCAGCACUCUCCUCUUGUUCAGUCAACCAAUCGGCUCUCUCUAACCAUUCUGUCAAGCAAUUAUCUAGCUCUUCCUGUUCCAACCAAUUAGCUCUCUCUUCUUCCUCCAAUAAGUGGUUGUCACUCCCACCUCACAGAGGCAGGGCUAAAAUAACAUCUCCACUGUGUGAUUGUGGACGGAGGGCAAAACAUUUAACAGUGUGUAAUGGUGGGCCAAAUCAUGGCCGAGCAUUCUACAGCUGCACGGUGCGUAAGAACAAUGCUGCUGGCCCCACUCCCCACAAUGGGUGUGGCUUCUUUAAGUGGGAGUCAGCAUUGAUUGAAUCCUCACUGGGACAAACCUCCAUGUCUGUAAGCUCCACCCUCACCCGAGCAGCUUCCAGAACCUUCCGCUGA